AAAGUGUGUAAACAAAUGUACCGCCCUCUCAGCUGUUCGGCAGUGUUUACUCACGGCAUGGAUCCUCAACCUAAACGUCAAAGGAAGGCUAACUGGGGAGACGACGAGUCUCUCCAGCUGGCUAUGUUAUACAGGGACGAAGUCCACGUUUUGAAGAGGAACUUCAAGACGGUUGGUGUUUCCAACCAAAAGAAACACGAUGUCUGGACGAAGAUUACGGCCGACCUGAAUGGACAGUUCCACCAUGAGAGGACGGCCGUAGAGGUAAAGAAGCGAUGGUUCACCAUCACUUCUAAGUCAAGGAUGAAGCUGAAGAACUUUCGAGAUCAUCGGAAUGGAACUGGUGGCGGCCCUCCACCCCCUCCCCUUGACCCCAUUGAUGAACUUGUCGGGGACGUUUUGGGGCAAGACAGCAAGGUCAUCACGGGAUUUGAGGAGAUUGAUGACCUUGGACAUCAAAGGACUGUCGACAUUGAAGACGCAGCAGAGCCAGCGAGCCAGCUCAUUGUAGGUCAGGGAGGUGCUGAGGCACCAACAGUAAUAAUUGUGCCUGAGCCCACCCUGCAGCCACAAACUGAGGGGGUGCCUGGGGAAGGUGCCAGCUGA